AUGCACAAACUUUCUUGAUGAAAGUGAGAAAAAUAAAUACGAAGCGUCACGUCAAACUCUUGAAUUUAUAUCAAAAAAUGAGUGGUGUCGAAAGUUUAAAGAGAAUAGCUAAAUGGAUAGCUAUAGGUGGAGGUUUUGCUACAGUAGUCAUGUGGAAUAGCGUGCCUGCGAUACUUAGUCGAAAAAUUCGUGAUUCUGAUCACUACCAAGAAGCCAUAAAAUUAUUGCAUUCAAAUCCUGAAGCUGUAAAAUAUCUAGGAGAUCCAAUAAAAGAAGGAUAUGUGGCAACUAUGCUUGAACAAAAUUAUGGACAAGAUGAUGAAAAAAUGUGGUGUCGAGUUCCAGUGCAUGGACCAAAAUCUAGAGGAGCAUUAUAUUAUGACUUUUUAUUAAAACAAGAAAAAAAUAAGCCACUUCAAUUGCGUAGUGCAGAACUAACUUUGGAAAAUCUUACAGAUUACAAACUAAUAUUAAAAAGACCAGAAUGA